CUCAGUGACAUGACUGAAUUGUUUCGGGCAAAGGCUUCAAACUUUCAAAGUGCAGUAUUUCAGAUGACUAAAGUCAUGUAGGAGUCGCCCAAGCUGGACUCCACGAUGGCUAAUGUUCCAACGACAUUGCCGUUACUGGUUAGUGAUCGUGUACUCCUUCCUGCCUCGUCGCUCAGCCUGACUAUCAAAGAUGGACUGGGGUUGAACACAUUGGAGAAGUACGUGUGGUCCAGCUCAGACUGGAGCCGCAUCUACCUGGGACUUGUGACGAGCACGUCGGCGAAGAGCAACGAUGAAGGAUCUAAGCACAGCAGAGACAUUGGUACUGUUGUUUUGGUGAAGCGCACUUUAGUGUCAUCCCAUCCAAAGCCGCACUGCAUUCUCAAUGUCAAGGGUAUAUGCCGCUUUCGUCUGAAGAGCCUUAUCCACAGCAAGCAGCGCCUUGUCGGGGACAUUGAGCAGCUCGAUGGCUUUGCACGGCAAGAUGUGUCAACUGCUGCGGCUGCCGAGGACGACCCAGAGGCGUUUGACGAGUUCUUAGCUCGGAGCUGGGUGCUUCUCAGGAGUAUGUUUGCUGCCGCCGGGAAUAGCAGGCGGCUAGCUCUCAUUAAGCAAAUGAUGAGUUCUCUUCCGGCAUCUCGAUUGGUGGACGUUGUCGGUGGAGUGGUAACGGCAUCUGAAGGUGAAAAACGGCAGAUUCUUGAGAUGGUGGAAGUGAAGGCACGUGCUGCACUUGUAUUGUCCCUGAUCCGCCGCCAGCUCGAGUCUCCCGAAGCUACCGGUACGGUUCGUCGCUCUGAUCAUUCCAAUACGAUGGACAACGAUCAAAGUGCCACGACACCACAGAGAUCCCAGGGUGCGCUCUCACGGCUGAUCAAUAGUGACAUGGAAGAAAUUGAAGAGCUCGAACAGCGUCUGCAAGAUGCCAAUCUUCCCAAGACUGCAAUGAAGGCUGCCACAAAGGAACUGAAGAGAUUGAAACGAAUGCCGUCGGUGCAUCCUGAACAUGCUGUGCUCAGGAACUACCUGGAGCUGCUUGUUGAUCUCCCAUGGUCUCGUUCAUCAGAAGACCACCUGGAUAUUAGUAGGGCAAGGCAACAGCUGGAUGCUGAUCACUACGGCUUGGAGAAGACUAAAAAGAGAGUUCUGGAGUAUCUGGCCGUUCGCAAACUGAAGAGUAGUCUGCGUGGUCCUAUCCUGUGUCUGGUCGGACCACCCGGCGUUGGAAAGACCAGUGUAGCGCGGAGCAUAGCCACCAGCAUUGGCCGGUCAUUCCACCGGGUAUCUCUAGGUGGUGUCAGUGACGAAGCUGAUAUCCGGGGUCAUCGCCGGACCUACAUUGGUUCGAUGCCGGGUCGUAUCAUAUCGGGACUGCGUUCAGUCGGUGUGAAUAAUCCAGUGUUCUUACUGGAUGAGGUUGACAAGCUUACUAGAGGCAGUGUACGUGGUGAUCCAGCUGCUGCACUGCUGGAAGUACUGGACUCUGAGCAGAAUAACUCCUUCACCGAUCACUAUUUGACCGUUCCAUUUGACUUGUCUCAGGUGUUAUUUAUUGCAACUGCCAACACUACUGCAUCCAUUCCCAGUGCACUGAAGGACAGAAUGGAGGUUAUUCGCAUCACUGGCUACAAUACUGAUGAGAAACUUCACAUUGCGGAGAGACACCUCGUUCCUAAGCAGCUCAAGGAGCAUGGCAUCGGUGAUGGUCGCCUUGUUCUACCUCGGCCAACCCUGUCUGUAGUUGUAUCCAGCUAUACGCGUGAAGCCGGUGUGCGCUCACUGGAGAGGCAGAUCGGUGCAGUGUGUCGGGCCAUUGCCCUACAGCUAGCUGAAGAGAAGCCAAUGCCGCACCAAGCAGGCAGUAAUGCUGUGGUACGGUCCUCUCCUGGUUCACGCUCCUUGCCGGACGAAGAAACACCCGUAGGUCUUGACACCCCGUUGGUGUCUUCCAGCCUGGCAGCUAUCCAGACUCCGGGCGACCUUGCCAUGCCCUCACCGGUUGUUGUCACGCCAGAGAUGCUUGAACAACUGCUUGGGCCGGUUGAGUACCAACGAGAAUUGGGAGAGCGUCUUGUCACACCGGGUGUUGCGAUGGGUUUAGCCUGGACUGCUCACGGUGGUGUGCUGCUCUUUGUAGAGGCAGUAAGCAUGCCUGGUCAAGGAAAGAUCUCCGUCACUGGCAACCUAGGUGAUGUCAUGAAGGAGUCAGCCAGGAUUGCCAUGAGCUGGAUUAGAGCACACGCAGAACUUUAUCAGCUCAAUGGGGAUGUGACAGCAGGGACAAAUGGCAGUAUUGCUAGGAAAGACUUGAUGCAGGAUCGGGACAUUCACAUUCACUUCCCGGCCGGUGCUGUUGGCAAGGACGGCCCGUCAGCCGGCAUCACAAUACUGGUGGUGCUGAUAUCACUGCUCAGUGGCCGUUGUGUACGCUCAGACACGGCUAUGACGGGUGAAGUGUCCCUGCGGGGUCGAGUUCUGCCGGUUGGUGGAAUCAAGGAGAAAGUCUUGGCGGCGCACACAGCCGGUGUUCGCCGUGUCAUCCUGCCGGGACUUAAUCAAAAGGACGUCAAAGAGAUCUCAGAUGACAUCAAGAACUCUAUGCAGCUAUUCUUCGUGGACGCCAUCGAGGACGCACUUCAGCUCGCGUUUGAAGGUGGCUUCCACGUGUCCAGCCGGCUGUAAAUCGGCAUGCGCUCUACCGUGCACAGCUGGAUGUGAAGAUGUUGUGCUUUCUGCUUCACAUUACACACACACGCGCACGCACACGCACGCGCGCACACACACGCACACACACGUGCUGAAGGAACGCUUGCUGGCGAGUACUUCUUCGACACAUGGAAUAUCAUUUGCUGGCACUACUAAUGUCAAUAGACUGCUACUACUCAUUGUCUUUUGUUCUGUUUUUGAUGUUUUGCUGGCUUAGUACAAACUCACCUCUGCUGGUUUAAAAAAAUUAUGCCGUCCUUACCCUUAGAAAUUGGUCUGCACGCUAGUGGAUUGUGGUUCUUUUCUUUCUAGACAAUAAUACCAUUGUUGCUGCAUGCAUGUACUUUCGCUGCUUUGCUCUCAUGAAUAGAUUUUAUUUUUAUCUGCUGCGGUUGCUGCUUCAAUCCCCGCUGCUGCUGCUGCUGAUAAUAAUGCCAGAACUAUACUACUAGUCUAAAGCGGCAACAUGUGUGUGCCGCCCACUGGCCACUACUUC